AUGCCACUGCCCCUUCGAACCCUGGGACGAAAUGGACCCCAAGUCUCACCCGUCGGCCUAGGCUUCGGCAGCAUCGGCGGAUUCUACGGACCAGCAGGAACGGUUGACGAGAGGGUGGCGCUUUUAGACCACGCACAUGCGACCGGUCUGCUCUUCUGGGAUCUGGCCGACGUAUACAUUGACAGCGAAGAUGUGGUGGGAGAGUGGGUGAAGCGAUCCGGAAAACGGGACGACAUAUUCCUCGCCACCAAGUUUGGGCUCCUGUGUCAAUCAGAUGGAAGUCACAAAUUUCGAUCGGAUCCGGACUAUGUCAAAACUGCGUGUGAAAAGAGUCUACGGAGACUCGGAGUGGACACUAUUGAUCUUUACUACUGUCAUCGGGUCGAUGGUGUUACACCUAUUGAAAAGACAGUGGAAGCUAUGGUUGAGUUGAAAAAUCAAGGCAAAAUUCGGUAUCUCGGGCUAUCUGGUGUCUCGGCAUCUACACUCCGCCGUGCUCACGCCAUCCACCCAAUCACCACGCUUCAAAUGGAAUAUAGUCUUUUUAAUCUCGACAUUGAAUCGCAAGAAUCUGGGAUUUUGCAAACCUGUCGUGAGCUGGGUGUGACGGUCGUGGCGUAUUGUCCAAUCGGACGUGGUAUCCUGACUGGGCAAUUUCAAUCCCACGCGGAUCUCCCAGAUGGUGACUUGCGUCGCUCAUUACCCAAGUUCUCAGCGAAGAACUUCCCGGGAGCCUUAUCAAUUGUUCGGAAGUUGAAAGAGAUCGGUGACGCUCAUGGGAUUACAGCCGCACAGGUCGCUCUUGCGUGGCUACUGGGUCAAGGACCCGAUAUCGUCCCGAUACCUGGUACCAAGUCGACGGCUUGGAUGGACGAGAAUAUUGGCGCUGCAGGGAUUCAGCUGAGUGAUCAUGACUUACAAGAAAUUCGGACUCUAGUGGAGAGGACGAAGAUUGAGGGUUCUCAGUACGAUGCUGCGUAG